AUGACUUCCAAUUCUUAUAAAGACCUUGCUCGUAUUAAUAAAAAGAUACUUCUAAGCGAAUAUAAUUCUGAUGUUAUAAUUUACGUCGAUGAAGGAGAGAACUCAAAAGAAUUUUUUGCGCAUUCAACUAUUUUGAUUGCACGUUCUCCUUAUUUUGAAACCGCCUUUUCUAAUGACAACAUUGAAAAAGCUGGUGAUUUCUAUAUGUUUGAUUUUCAAACUAUUCCUUCAAAUACUUUUAAAAUCAUCUUAAGAUAUUUAUACACUGCGGAAAUUGUUUUAGAUGAACUAAGCGGUGUCGAAUUCUUACAUCUUCGCAUAGCGGCUGAUAAAUUUCUUCCUGAAAAAGUUAUUGAAAAUUUGCAAUCAUUUAUGGAUCAAAAGCUAGAAGAAUUUAUACAACAUGAUGCUGUUGGCAUGCUUCAGGAAGUUUUUAAACAUAAUAAUAGUAUAUGUAAUCCAUUACGUGAUUCUUGUCUUGGUCUUAUUUGUAGACAUCCGAAUGCCUUAUUUGAACAUCCAAAUUUUACUCAAUUGGACGAAACUCUUUUAAUAAUUGUUUUGCAACAAAAUGAUCUUGGUAAAUUAAAUGAAAUUACUAUUUUAACUUAUUUAGUCAAAUGGGGGAUGGCUCGAAUAUUAACUGCUACUACUCAAGAUAUAACAAAUUUGAAAAAAUCUGAUUAUAUUGAAUUGCAAAAAAUUAUCAGAGAUUGUGUUCCUCUUAUUCGUUGGUUUCAAAUUCCAAUAACUGAACUUCGGAAAAAUUUAUCGUGGAUUGAAAAAUUAUUACCUUCAACCCUAUAUUUAGAUAUCGUAAAUUAUCAUUUUGACAAUACUGUUCCAGGUGAAACUGUUAAAUUUUUGCCACUAAGAAAUGUGCCACCUAAAGAUAGUCAAGAAAUUCCUAAAAAAUCUCUUAAAAGAAGGGUUUCUCUUUAUGAGGAUCUUGCUCAUGAUAAUGAAAGAUUACUUCAAAGUGGAAAAAGUUAUGAUGUUAUUAUUUAUGCUGGUGAAGGAGAUAAUUCCAAGGAGUUUCAUGCACAUUCUCUUAUAUUAAGUUUGCAAUCCCCUUAUUUUGAAGCCGCUUUUUUGGACGAAAAUACGAUGAAACAAGGAAAUAUUUUUGUUUUUACAAAACAACAUAUCCCAGCAAGUAUUUUUGAAACUAUUUUAAGAUAUUUAUAUACGUCGGAAAUUUUUCCAGAUAAACUAAAUGGCGUUGAAAUAUUGCACCUUUUGGUAACAGCUGACGAAUUACAACUUCAAAAUCUUGUUGAUAAUUUUCAAUCUUUUAUGAAUCAAAAACUUGAAGAAAUUAUGCGAGAAGAUAUUAUUUCCAUUUUUGAUAUGAUCUUUAAACAUAAUAACAGGAUAUAUGAAUCGCUGCGCGAUCAUUGCCUUUAUUAUAUUUGUAUGAAUCCAGGUUUAUUGUUUGAUGAUCCAAAAUUUAUUCAUUUAGAUAGAUAUUUAUUAAAAAUUACGUUACAAAGAGAUGAUCUUGGCAACAUAAGUGAAGAUGAUAUUUGGAAUAAUUUAAUCAAGUGGGGAAUUACUCAAGCAUCUGAUAUUCUUCAAAGUAAAAAUAUCAAUGAUUGGAUAGAAUCUGAUUACGUUGCUUUUAAAGAGACUAUUCAUGAAUUUAUUCCUUUAAUUCAUUGGUUUCAAAUCUCGUCUACAAGAUUUAAACAAAAUUUAUUAUUUUUCGAAAAGAUUUUAACUAAUGAUUUAUACAAUGAUGUUUUACAUUAUCAUCUUAAUUCUAUCAUACCAAACAGAACAUUUAGAACAUUUCCACCCAGAUAUGCUCCUUCUAAUCAUUUAGUGUUUGUUAAAUCGCAAUGCUUUAAUAUUAUUGCGAAUUGGAUUAAUUUGUGUACUGUUGAAAAAACUCUUGAGACUAAACGGAAAAGGCAAUCAUUCAUGGAAAAAAUAUUACACAUUCAUGAUAAGUCAAGUGUGAAGCCUGAAGAAUCCAAACGGGAAAGCACUAUUCCUCAAAAUUACUUGAACUUUGACAAUUAUCAAUCUGGUAUUCAUAAUCUUGAUAAUGAUACCUACUAUUUCAAUCUUCUCUAUUGUGCUAAAAGAGAUGGAUAUGAAGCAGAAAAAUUUCAUAAAUUAUGUGAUAAAAAAGGAUCAACUGUUACGAUAGUAAAAAUUAAAGGAACAGAUAUGAUAUUUGGUGGUUAUAAUCAUUUAAGUUGGGAACCUUAUGAACCUAGAGAUCAUAUUACUAUGGCUUAUUACGCAAAAUCUGAUAAAAAUUUUUUAUUUUGUUUCGAAAAUACUGAUGAUUUAAGUCGGUCAAUUCUUGCACGUGUUAAAAAGGACUCUUAUGCAGUUGAAUAUAGUUCUUUAAAUGGUCCAAUUUUUGGUCAUUCUGAUUAUAAAGAAGGUUAUGAUAUAAGAUUAUGA